AUGCCCAAUACUGACAAUUUGACGCCUUCAUCCUCCACCUCACAACAGACCGAAUGGUCACAAACUAGUAAUUCCAACAAUAGCAAUACUUCUGGUGUCAAGUUACGAAGUGUACCUAUACCCCAACCUCUUUUACUAAGAAAUCGUGCAAGUCGUUCUUCAUUUUCUUCGGUGGAUGAUUCUGGUGAUACUUCUUCCCAAACUACUUCCAAACCUGGUUUGACGAAUAAACUUUUUUGUGAAACUCCUUCAACAGUGGGAACUACUACAACUACAAAAAGUAAUGUUUUUGCUCAAGGUUCUUCACCAUCUUCGACUGUUGCCAAUCCUUUUCCUUCUACUGAAUCAUCUACUCCACCACUUCAACAACAACAACAAUUACUACAACAAACUUCUUCUUCUGGUUCUUAUUCACCAAGAUAUUCUAGUCCACCUGCUGGAUCUGGAGGAAAGUACAUGGUCAAGUCAAAACGUGCAAGUUGGAUUGAUGCAAGUGCUUCUCAUAUGAUUCCUUCUUCACAAACGCAACAACAAGCUAUCUCAACUAUCAACCCAAGCACUAGUAGCGGUAUUACUCCAAUCAUGACGACAACACCUAUCGACAAUCGACAAACUCCAAGGAAGCGAACUAGUUCUAUUAGCAGCAACAAGACCGAUUUGGACUCUCCUGGUAUCACUCCGGGUCACAAAACUGGCUCAUUAUCUCAGCUACGAGAACAGCAACAAAGAUCUUCUGCACCUACUGUCAAUAGUAUCUCAUCUAUGUCUACUUCUCCUUCAUCACCAUCGGGUUUACAACGUCAUCGAAUCCUUCCCAUUGCAAUGUUUGAUCAAGAUACUAUUUCUACUUCAUCAAGUAGACGAUCUUCAUCAGGCAUGUCAUAUCGACGAUCAUUUCAUGAACGCCAUUCAUCUGUUUCAUCUGUUGUAACGGAAUCAACUUCUGAUGAUUACUAUUAUUCUCCUGGAUCCUCUCCUCAAGCAAUGCAAUCACCAGUGAAUGUUAGCAAAUCCAAACUAACCACUGGUUCUUCUACUUGCUCAUCACCAUCAAGAUUCAAUGUACCUUCUGAUUAUCUAGCUUCUGGAAUGCCAAACACAGAACAUCAUCAACAAGCAAUACGACGAUCAUCCAUGACGAUGCUUCGAAAUAUUCCCAGCUCUGAACUUGCCAAUAUUGUCAGCGGUAAUUCACCAAAUCCGAUCAUUGAUGUUCCACCACCUCCUCAUUCAACAACGACAACAGCAGCUGCAGUAACGCCCACAAUAGAAUCACCUCUUGUAACACCGGAAGGCACCACAGCAGAAAUGAAUCCAUCAUCAGCUCCAGGAGCAAACAUUGAUCCUAAUGUCACAAACACUUUAGCCUAUCAGCAUUCAUUACAAUCCUUUCUUCGACGUCAAUUAUCAAGUAAACAACGGAAAUCUAGAAGAUCUCGAUCAAGUAGUGGUGCUACUGCUGAUCCUCUUAUUCCUUCUGAAUCAUCCUCUACCAGCUCAACUUAUGGACUUGAUGCAGAUAAAGAUAUUGUGGAAAUUGAUUUGGACGACAGCGCGAUACCCCAUCGAUAUCCUUCAACGCUAGUCACUUCACAAGAAAUUUCUCAAUACUCAUCUUCCAGAACAUCAUCUACAAAAACAACGGAUCCAAAACGACGUUCUUCUCAACAACGUGAACCGAUGAAGAGUCCUUUAUAUCCUGCGCUUUUAUUGGACGCUUCUCUUCCUGAUUCUGGUAUGCCUUUCCGACCCUUGGUUCGGUCUUCGUCAUUAUCCUCUAUGCGCCAUCGAAUUGGUUCUGAUGAAGAAUAUGGAAGACGGUUAUUUAUGUCUCGGACGGCAAAGAUUCGUAGAUGGUGUACUCUCAAGUUUGAAAAUCAAGAUGGAUGUCGACGAUCAUCAUCAGCUUUACGAAGACGACGACAACAAAGACGACAAAGCAGUCUCAGUAGUUACAGUACAAGAAUUAGUCGAAGAUCAACAAAAAAUGGUUCUCGAAUGCCUACUAUCACUGUGACAGCACAUGAUGAACGAUCUGAUAAUGGCGGUAUCUCUACAAGUGGUCAACUUAUCAAUGCUAUUCCGUGGGUUGACUGGUUAGAGGAAUAUAAACUUCUCAAGGCAUCGGAAAUGCGAAGAAGAUCAUCUGAAAAUCCAUCAAGCAAGGACUCAACACUAUCACAGCCUUCAACUCCAUCUCAGAAACCUUUAUUACCCAUCAGUAACAACGACACUACUCUCGUCCAGCAAGUGUUAUCAACCUGGUGGAAUAGCGUGAAAUCCAAUGCCGAACAUUAUUCUUUAUCAAAACCCAGUAAUGAUAGUGAUAAAAACAUGGUCAAGAAUAAUGACAACAACAAUAGUACAUCCUCAAUGACUUUUACUGACACUGUCUUAUCCAAGGAACCUUUACCAGAAGCACCUCCACCAUCAGCUGCAACUACGUCAUCUUAUCAAGGAAGCGUUCAAUCAUCAACUGUCGACAGUCCAUCUGCAUCGCUUAGCUCAUUAGUAUCCACUCCUAGUUUACAGGGCAACAAGAUUCUCCAACCUCCUUUGACAAGUCAUAGUGUUCUACAACAUUCCAGCAAGCAACAACAACAACAAGGUGCCUCCAUAACAACAAGUGCAUCAUCAUCACCAUCAUAUGCUCGUGCUAUUCAACGGCUUUCCUCUGGCACAAAUCCUAUUGAAAGAAUUGGUUAUCGAUUUUACAAUGCCGGUAAUCGUAUGGGCGCUUUUGGACAUAUUCUUAACCAUGACGACGGCGGUGACGACAACGAUGAUGAUGAUGAUGAUGACGAUGAUCCUUCUUCACAAGUUCAACACACUAUCAAAUCACGACUUCAAUUUGCCAAGGAAGCUUGUGAUAGUGAAUUGCGAGAAAUCAUUGAUGGAUUGAACGAAUAUGUCGAACGAGGCUUACAAUACGUGGAAGAUAUUCAUGGGUAUAUUGACAAAGGUGGAUUCGAAGAAGAUAAGUCUGAUGAAGUCCCUAUAUCAACAACAGUAGCACCUUUGACUAUUACAAAUACUGCCACUUCUGAUUCGGUAAUCACCUCACCUCCACCGUCAUCACCAUCAAGGCUUUACAUGGAUUAUCCUAGGGUACGUCAUGGUCAUUUGGAAACUGGACUGGAUGAUAUCGAAGAACAGGAAGAAACUAUGGUGGAUGAAGAUUUGGUCUCAUCAAAUCCAAACAAUGCUGAACAUUUGAUGGAUCAAGAUAACAAGAAUGACAAUAAUAUGGUGACCUUGAUAUCUGAAGAUUCUUAUUUACCUACUCCUUUUAUCCUGACUCUACAAGAAUUGAUUAGCAUGGCUCAAAAUGUGAUGGAUACUUCUCUGGACACCAUAUUGGAAUCACCAGGAACAUGUGCUGAUACUGUAUCCAAGAUUCAAUCGAUAGGAAUGCAAUGGGAUGUUCAUCCUGAAUGGCCGUGUCGCGAAUGGUACGUUCGACUUUUACUCAGUGUGGCCGCAUUGAAUCGUGUACUGGAAUGGUGGGAAGCAGAACGUGGAUUUUGGUUACAAGCAUGGUCUUCAAAUACACCAAUAACAUCAUCUAUUAUACCAACACCAACGACAACUGCAACAACGGCAGCAACAAGCGAUACAGAGGAUACCACUGAUUCUUCAAGACCGUCAAGAAAAUCCUUUGCUUUGAAUCAUCGAUUACAUCAUCAUCAUCAUCAUGUCGAUAGGGACCGCGAGCAAGGUCAACUUUUCAAUGAAACGGUCACAUAUGAUGGAAAUUCAAAAUCUCGUGAAAUCGAUUCAUAUCAAGAUGUCUUACAAGAAGCAGCCAAUAAGAGCCAAAAUUCCACAAUAUUAUUAGAACUUAGUCUUGGAACUACUACGGUACAAUAUGUGAGUCCGGUUUGGCUUGAUGUCAUUGGAUCCAAUCCCGCUCAAGUAGUACAUCAAAAUAUCUCAAAGUAUGUCUCUUCAGAUGGCCAAGAUGUAUUCAGGAUGGCAACUGAAAAACUGCUAGCUGAUGAUUCUCAAACUGUGGAAGUACAAUUCAAUGCGUUGACUGCUGAUGGACGAACGUUAGAAAUGGAUGGAAAAGGUAUGCUAAUGUAUGAUCGGGUUACUGGUGAAGCAAGUCAUACUAUGUGGGUGAUCAAACCAAUGUCUACAAGAUUAUGGAUGGAUCGUGCAUUGACUCCAGUACAAGCAACAAGUGGAGAUCGACAGUCUAAUACUUCUUUGAUGUCUUCAACCUCCGAUAACAAAGAUAAAGAAGAAUUCUUGGCACCUCAUCUUCGACAUCGAUCCUUGUCAUUACCUACUAUCGAUACUCAAGCAAUACAUGAUGGUACUGACAACAAAAGCACUACUAUUGGUACAGCCUCAUCAGAAACACCUUCGCUUUCCAUCGAAAAGCUUUUAUCACUUCCUCCUGCUAUAUGUCGAGUCUGUGAACGUUUAGUAGUUGCUGCCUUUUUCGAACAGCAUUCUGAACUUUGUGUGGAAAUACAUCAAAGCGAAAUGGAUGUUACCAUGUGCAACGACAACCUUCGUGAUCUAAAACAACACAUCUGUGAACUUCGGGAUCAAGCCAACAAUGAACUAGAUGAUUACAACAAACGCACCCCUGAAGAACGUGAAGCCAUGGACAAUGAACACAAACUCAAUAUCCAAGCAGCUCGUGAACAAGAUGAUGAAGAUUCUAUUUUUGGUUUCGAAUUACCUGUAGAAGAGGCUCCAAGUGCAGUGGAAUCCAAACUAGCGGAAUUGGAGAUUUAUCAAGACCUUCUUGAAACGUUGGAUGUGGCUAUUGGAAUUGGUAUGCCUGGCGAAGUUCAACAAGAUAAACCACUAUCACCAUCAUCAUCUUGUUCCUCAUUCUCGUCAAACAACGAUCGUACAACGCUACAAUCUCUACAAUCUCCUCGAUCAAAGGAUAGAAUGAUUCAAGUGAUAUAUUGGCGACCCCCUGCUUCUGAUGAUCCUCAUUUGACUGCUUUGAUUCGCGAAGUAGAAGAAGUAUCUCGUAACAAAGUCUCUACGGUCAACAGAAUGCGUGAUCGAUUGGAAUAUAACGAAAGAACAAGGAUGGAUUUCCAGAAAGCAACUCACCAAGAUAUUGGAUGGACGGAAUUUGUUACUCCCAAGGAUGAUCUUACUGAAAAUGACAACACAACUGACACCAACAAAAUGGACAAUAUGAAGGAAUCGGACAACAACAACAAAGGGACUGAAAAGAAUGAAAUUAAAUCGAUACUUAGUCGUAUAAAAUCAUGGAAAACAAAAGGAGCUAGCAAACUUGCAAGACGUAGUCGGGCUUACAGUAGAAAAUGGGCAACAGCUAUUGAACCUUUUACAACUGGUACAAACAUGUCAAUAGUAGAAAUGGAAACAAUUGAUACACCUAUGGGAUCACCAGGAUUACGACCAACAACAUCCUCUACGCCUCCUGUCACAACGGCAACAGGUCAUGCAACUCCAUCCAAUACUCCACAACAACAAGAAGGAAAAGUACCAUCAAUGCCUCCACAAGGGUCUAUCUCUUCUACUCGUGCUACAACGCCUAGUAUCAAGGAUUUCGAUAUCAUCAAACCGAUUAGUAAAGGUGCCUUUGGAUCUGUGUUUUUGGCCAAGAAACGAACGACUGGGGAUUACUACGCUAUCAAGUUUUUAAAGAAAUCCGAUAUGAUUGCCAAGAAUCAAGUAACAAAUGUCAAAGCAGAACGGAUGAUCUUGAUGACACAAACAGACAGUCCUUUUGUGACCAAGUUAUACUAUACCUUCCAAUCAAAAGACUACCUUUAUUUGGUGAUGGAAUAUCUCAACGGUGGAGAUUGUUCUGCUUUGGUCAAAGUAUUAGGUCGUCUACCUGAAGACUGGGCUAGGAAUUAUCUUGCGGAAGUGACUUUGGGUUUGGAAUAUCUACAAAGCAAGAACAUUGUUCACAGAGAUUUAAAACCGGAUAACCUAUUGAUUGAUCAUAAUGGCCAUCUGAAAUUGACGGAUUUUGGACUUUCAAGAAUUGGAUUUUUGGAUAGACGGGUGCAAGAUGAAUUAUCAACGCGAUCAACAUCAACACCAUCAGCGACAACAAUACCACCAUCAUCAGUAACAGCAACAGCUCAAACAAAUCAAGAUGAACCAGCCUCUCCUAUGCCUUCACCUACAGGAACACCACCACAAACACCAGAAACAGCAUCCGUUUACAACGAUGAUUUGACUCCAAGGCAAGGUGACGGUGUCUAUCGUCAUUCAUAUUUCAGUUUGCUCUUCAAUCAUCGACGUGAUUCUUCUUCUAAUGAAUAUGGUACAGACAACAAUCCUAGUAGCAGCAAGACUAGACCUAAUAGUAUGAUCGCUGGUUCUCGUAAACCUGCAACCAAUUUGGCUAAUGUGAUUGAUACAUCUUCUCCUGGGCGCUCCUCUACCUCUGGUUAUCGUCAUCGUGGAAAUUUGAAAGAUACUUCUAUCAAGCAUGCUGUAGGAACACCGGAUUAUUUAGCUCCUGAAUCUAUUUUGGGGACUGGACAAGAUUCUAUGGUUGACUGGUGGGCACUUGGUGUGAUUUGUUAUGAAUUCUUAUAUGGCUAUCCACCUUUCCAUGCUGAUACUCCGGACAAGGUUUUUGAAAACAUCCUCUCUCGAAGAAUUGACUGGCAUGAAAAUGAAGUAGAAGUAUCAAAAGAAGCUCGUGAUUUUAUGGAACAACUCAUGACAUUAGAUCCUUCAAAGCGACUUGGUAGUCAAGGUGCAAAAUCUGUACGAGAACAUCCAUUCUUCAAGGACAUUCAAUGGGAUACUCUGAUGAUUGAUCAACCAUCUUUCAUUCCACAACCAGAAGGUAUGGAAGAUACUGAUUAUUUUGAUGAUCGUGGCGCCAUUAUGAUUCCAACAUCAUCCUCCUCCUCUUCUUCUUCUUCUUCCUCAUUGCCUGCAAAGAAACGACAUGACAAAACAAAGGAUGACAAUAAAAUGCAAUUGGAUGCUAGUGCAAAAGCCAAAGUGGAUCUCGCCAAUGCAAUCAUUCAAGAACAGCAUCCUACAGCAAUGACAGAUUCUUCUCUACUGCCAUCUGAACCAUCUACCACCACUACCACCAGCGGCAAACGACGGGAUUCUUCUCAAGCGGAACAAAAAGCAAUGGUGACGGAGACAAACGACGCUGAAAGGGAAAAGGAUCAUCAAGGUGCCGAUUUUGGAACAUUCCUUUACAAGAAUCUACCAGUAUUGGAAAAAGCCAAUGAAGAUACCAUUCGCAAGAUUCGACACGAUAGCUCAGCAAUAAGGGAUAUAUCACCAUCUGGAAGUAGUACAGGAACAACAAACAAUAUCAAGGAUACAUCUGAUACUCCUUCAUCAUUCCGACCAAGCACUCUUCCACCCAAGGCACAUCAUUUGUUUUCUUCAUCAUCAACUGUCUCUCAUUCGUCUUCUCUUCCUGGCACACCACAAACAACACCUUCAGUCUCCAUGACAGGAUUACACCCUCUGGCAUCACAAUCGACAAAACUCAAUGGGAGGAAAUCGAUGGAUAUUCAACAGACUAGUAUUCCCUCAGCAUCCAGCAGCUCAGCCGUUCCGCCCACUUCUAUAUGUGCACCAACAGCAACAACGACAACACCUCCAUCAGGUUUAUCGACAUCACAAUCAACCAUAACACGAGCAAUAAUACCGAUGGAACAUCCAAAGACAGUAUCAGCACAUCGACUUUCUCAAGAAUUGAAUAGGGUGGAACAAUAUCAAAUGAAGAAGGAAACUAGUAGUAUACCCACAUCAUCAUCAACUACAUCAUCAUCAUCACGAACUCCUCUCGCAUUCUUAGUGGUAGAUGAUAAUCCAAUCAGCUGCAAGAUCUUGGAAACCAUUUUACAUAUGCUACAUCAUCAAUGCGUGAUUGCACGAAACGGUGCGCAAGCCAUCCGGUCAGCAAUGUGUGAUGUGAAAUAUGAUAUCAUAUUUAUGGAUAUACGAAUGCCUAUCAUUGAUGGGGAAACGGCGGCAAGAAUGAUCAAAUCAACCAACAAUGUCAAUAGAGAAACACCUAUCAUUGCAGUAACAGCAUAUGAACAAACAGUUCAAUUAGCAGGCGCAUUUGAUGAAAUAGUAUGUAAACCAGUGACUAAGAACGUGAUCUCUCAAUGUAUAGACCAAUUCUGUUAUCAAGGAAAAAGACCCAUCAAGUUGAUCACCACGCCGGUAAAUGGUCCCAUCAAGAUUGCCACUGUCGACAAUCAAAAUAUUUCGAAAUGA